UCAUCUCUUCUCUGAUCACCUUUAAAUUUUUUAUUCAAAUUCAUUUUUUAAUUCCAUUUCUGAUUAUCCUCAUACAUUAAAGAAAAGUAGAAGAAACAUAGCAUGUCAUAGAAACCAUGUCACCAGACCAGAUUGCAUUAAUCAUAUUCAUGCUUUUAUUCACAGGAAAGGAUGCAUUUGGAGACUCAUUGGAUUCAGACAAAGAAGUACUAAUUAAUCUAAGGUUAUUUCUUGAACAAAAAAACAAAGUGAAUCAAGGUGUAUAUAACACAUGGAACCAACAAGACUCAACUCCUUGUACAUGGCGAGGAAUUACAUGUUUUGGCAACCGGGUCACCCAAAUCAGUCUUUCAGACAACGAUAUCGCUGGUGGAUUGUUUAACAACUUCUCAGCCUUGACCGAGCUAACUCACCUAGACUUAUCGAAGAAUACUAUUGAUGGCCCGAUUCCACCUGAUUUGGGCAGGUCCCAAAACUUGAAAGUUUUGAAUUUGUCACACAAUAUUAUGGAUGGUGAGCUAAAUUUGACCGGGCUGAAUAAGCUCGAAGUUCUUGACUUAUCCGUUAACAGGCUUUCGGGCCAUGUUAAAAUGAGUUUCCCAACGGUUUGCAACGAUUUGGUAGUUGCUAACCUUUCAUCAAAUAAUUUCAUUGGGGGUAUUAUGGACUCAAUGAGUGGGUGUAGAAAGUUGGAGUAUGUUGAUUUGAGUUCGAAUUUGUUGACAGGAAACUUAUGGUUUGACUUCACUAGGUUUAAGGAAUUUUCUGUGUCAGAAAAUCGUCUAAAUGAUGAUCUUCUGGGAAGUAUUUUCCACGAAAAUUGCAGUUUAGAGGUACUUGAUCUCUCUGAGAACAAACUUGCUGGUGGAAUUCCUAAGGAGAUAUCAAAGUGUAAAAACUUGACGAUUUUAGACCUUUCUGGCAACGGAUUCACAGGAAAAAUCCCAACAGAAUUCGGAUCAGUCACAAAACUCGAGCAACUUUUAUUGGGUAACAACUCUGUUUCAAGAGAAAUACCCGAGUCUUUACUAGGGUUGGAGAGGUUAAACUACUUGGACCUUAGUAGAAAUAAAUUUGGAGGAGAUAUACAAGAGAUAUUCGGGCAGUUAACUCAAGUGAAAUAUCUUCUACUACACGCGAAUGGGUACACUGGGGGUUUAUAUUCGUCGGGAAUACUCAAAUUGCAGAACAUUUCGCGGUUAGACUUAAGUUUCAACAAUCUUUCAGGUGCAUUACCAUCUGAGAUAUCUCAUAUGGGAAGUUUGACAUACUUGAUUCUUGCUGGGAAUCAAUUCUCCGGGAAGAUACCUUCUGAAUUUGGAAAUUUGAAAAAACUUCAAGCGCUAGAUCUUUCAAAGAAUGCCUUAAACGGGUCAAUCCCAUCUAGCUUGGGACAGUUGACAUCUUUGUUAUGGCUGAUGUUGGCUGACAAUUCAUUAAUGGGCCAAAUACCACCCGAGCUAGGAAACUGCAGCAGCUUGUUGUGGUUAAAUCUUGCAAAAAAUCAACUUUCGGGUCCUAUUUCACCAGAGUUGGCUAAAAUAGGGAAUAAUGCAAGAACAACUUUCUUAUAUAACAGAGAAAACAAUCCUGUUGCAGGCUCAGGAGAGUGCUCUGCAAUGAGAAGAUGGAUACCGGCGGAUUAUCCACCAUUUAGUUUCGUGUACACACUUCUUAACAGGAAAAAAUGCAGAAUUUUAUGGGACACGAUACUUAAAGGAAACGGAGUUUUCCAAGUUUGUCUUCCAGGAUCAGACAUUCGGACACUCCAAGUAUCAGGCUAUUGUCAACUCAGUGGAAACCGGUUAUCAGGCCAGAUACCACCAGAAAUUGGCAAAAUGGAUAAUUUCAGUAUGCUACAUUUGGGAGAAAAUCAAUUUUCAGGUACUCUUCCUGCUGAGAUUGCACAAAUGCCACUCGUUGUGUUGAAUAUUACUCGUAAUAAAUUAUCUGGACCAAUUCCAAUGCAGAUUGGGUUUCUUAAGUGUUUGAGAAAUCUAGAUUUGUCAUACAAUAAUUUUUCGGGUAAGUUUCCUCCCAACUUGAAUAACUUGAGUGAGUUGAGCAAGUUUAAUGUCUCAUACAAUCAUUUUAUAUCCGGUAUGAUUCCAUUAACCGGUCAGUUGGCUACUUUUGAGAAAUCUUCAUUUCUUGGAGACCCGUUCUUAACUCUUCCUCCUUUUAUAAGUAAUUCAACAAACACUUCGUCUGUAGACGGUGGUGGGAGAUCAAAGCCUAAAAAAUGGGGCGCGAUUUUGGUGUUCGUGUUUCUACUGCUAGCUUUCACUGUGUGUGGAGUCAUGACUAUACUAGUGUGUCUUGUGAUAAAGGUCCCGGUUGAUCAGCCUGGAUAUCUGACACAAGAUUUGAAGCAUGGAAAUGAAUUUACGUCAAGUUCCAGUGUUUCAUCACCAUGGUUGUCAGACAAGGUUAAGGUAAUACGUUUAGACAAAACCGCAUUCACACACGCAGACAUCUUAAAGGCUACAGGGAACUUUUCUAAUGAUAGAAUAAUUGGGAGGGGCGGAUUUGGUACGGUCUACCGAGGUUUGUUACCAGAUGGAAGAGAAGUUGCAAUAAAGAAAAAGCUAAGAGAAGGAAUGGAGGGUGAACGUGAGUUUCGGGCUGAAAUGGAGGUACUCAGUAGAAAUGGUUUUGGGUGGCCUCACCCGAACCUGGUGACACUUUACGGGUGGUGCUUAUAUGGGUCAGAAAAACUUUUGGUGUAUGAGUACAUGGAUGGUGGUAAUUUGGAUGAUCUAAUUCCUGAUAGAAUAAGAUUCAAAUGGAGGCAACGAAUUGAUGUGGCUAUCGACGUGGCCCAUGCUUUGGUUUUCUUACACCAUGAGUGCUAUCCAGCCAUUGUUCAUAGAGAUGUUAAAGCUAGUAAUGUGUUGUUAGACAAAAAUGGAAAAGCCCGUGUUACUGAUUUUGGGCUGGCCCGGAUUGUAGAUGUUGGGGACAGCCACGUCAGCACAAUGGUGGCAGGAACUGUUGGAUAUGUAGCACCCGAGUAUGGACAAACAUGGCAAGCAACUACAAAGGGUGACGUUUAUAGUUAUGGAGUUUUACUUAUGGAACUAGCAACAGGGAGGCGAGCAGUUGAUGGUGGGGACGAGAGUCUAAUGGAAUGGUAUAAACGAGUGUCAGGAGAUGCACAGCAUGGAUUCAAUCAAUCCAUGAUCCCUGUAUCGGUCUUGGUAUCAGGAGUCGCAGAAGGUGCAGUUGAAAUGUGUGAAUUACUUCGUGUUGGGAUAAGAUGCACAGCAGAAGCACCUCAGUUACGGCCCAAUAUGAAGGAGGUGUCAGACAUGCUCGUCCGGAUUAGAGCAGAUCGUACAGAUUCUAACAAUGGGUCAUUUAUACCCUCAUCAUAAUGUAAAUCUAUAUUCAUGUUCUACAUACAUACAUAAUAAUUAGGUUACAUUGGCAUCAUGUCAUAUGCGUAGAUCUAUAGGCAUUUGAUGUCUUCAUUUAUUUUUUCCCCUGUAUAUAUAGAUUUACAUGUAAUUUCAUAAUGAUUUUGAUCGCUAAUAAGAUAUGAAGAACAUGGUAAAAAAAAUAAAGGUACGAAAAGUUUAGCAUA